ACAAGUUCUAUCAUCUUUACGUGGAUGCAAGGUAACUGAUAUAUUGUGUUGGACAAGAAUUUGUUUGAUGUUUUCCACAUUCUAUCAUGUUUACAUGGAUUCGUAAAUCAAGUAAAGCUGGGGAGAUGAUCAAGAGGUAGGGGCUUGAGAUCAUGUUGCAUCUUUCUUGUUUGUUUGUUCCUCUUACCUAGCUACCUCCCAUUUCUAUCCCAUAUUUAUUUCCAUCAUAUUGUAUUUUUAACCGGCCAGAAAUAUAUUUCAUUCAGUGUGAAUACAAGAGGGUCGUUCUUAUGCUGCAAGGAGGCAGCGAACCGUCUGAAACGCGGCGGUGGUGGGCGGAUUAUAUUGUUGACAUCAUCCAUGGUGGGGGGUUUGAAGCCUGGGUUUGGGGCAUACGCAGCAUCAAAGGCUGCAGUGGAGACAAUGGUGAAAAUCCUGGCAAAGGAGCUCAAGGGGACUGCCAUUACUGCCAACUGUGUGGCGCCAGGGCCAAUUGCAACAGAAAUGUUCUUUAACGGAAAGACUGAGGAGAUGGUGCAGAAAGUAAUCGAUGAGAGCCCACUUAGCCGGCUUGGUGAGACCAAGGAUGUGGCUCCCUUUGUUGGGUUCUUGGCUACUGAUGCCAGUGAGUGGAUCAAUGGACAGGUUAUCCGUGUUAAUGGGGGCUACUGUUGAGUGAAGACUAUUUCAUCCUACCAAACACAUUAAGGUGAAUAAAUUUCAUAGCUUGCAUUGCUUAAAACUUUGAUUCUUGAUAUUGCAGGUUGAUGAUCCUUCUUAUCUGUAAGCAU